AUGACUUCAGCGGUUUUGUCUCGAGGCGGUGGACAGCCUGUUGAGUAUGAUAAGACAUCCGUGAAUGAAUAUCUACGAAUAGAACUCGCAGAUCUGAUCCUGAUUACUCGACCUUUCCUAAAACAAAUCAGCAAGGCUAAGGCGGGUCGUCUGGUCCGUACAUUAGUCGACCUGUUUCUGGAUCUCGAAUCCGGAACUGGGCGUGAGGUUGACUUGAUCAAGGAAUGUAUCGAUUGGGCUGGAACCGAACGACGAACGUUUCUUAAGCAGGCUCUCGAAGCCCGAUUAAUGGGCCUAUACGCUGACAAUGAACGUUACGAGGAGGCCCUGCUUUUAGGCAGCACACUAUUGCGUGAGUUAAAGAAGCUUGAUGACAAGGUCCUUCUCGUUGAGGUGCAACUCAUGGAAAGCCAAGUCUACUACCGAGUUGGCAACUUGCAGAAGUCACGAGCCGCUCUCACUUCAUCACGCACAACGGCGAACAGCAUUUACUGCCCGCCACGUCUUCAGGCCUCUCUUGAUCUACUCUCAGGUGUUCUUCAUGCGGCCGACGAGCGCGACUUUAAGACAGCCUAUUCCUACUUCUACGAGGCGUUCGAGGGCUAUGAUUCGAUUGGUUCGCAGAAGGCCAUUGACGCCUUAAAGUACAUGUGCCUUGCAAAAAUCAUGGUCCAAAGCCCAGAGGAAGUACCCGUUAUUCUCUCCUCCAAACUGGCCUCCAGCUACGAUCAAAGAGCUAUUCAGGCCAUGCGUGAGGUCGCAAAGGCAGCCAAGGAGCGAUCACUUGCUGACUUUCUCAACUUAAGAGAAGAGUUCAAAAGUGAACUACUUGGGGACCCUGUGAUUGCACAGCACCUCAACUCUUUCUACGACACUCUUCUUGGCCAGAAUCUCACCAAACUAAUCGAGCCGUACUCGCGUGUGCAAAUUGCCCACAUUGCCAAGCUAAUCAACCUCCCGCUGGAGAAUGUUGAGAAGAAGCUCUCGCAAAUGAUAUUGGACAAGCAGUUGAACGGCAUUCUGGACCAGGGUAGUGGGAUGCUUGUGCUGCGCGAUGAACCCUACGAUGGACGCGACUACAAGUUCGCCUUGGACAUUGUACAUACCCUCAGCACCAGCCUCGAUCUGCUCACCCAGAAGGCCAAGAAACUCGCCUGA